GCCCGGGGCGGGGAGCGAAGCGUUGCCGGGGCCCGGGGCCGCUAGGCUGGAGCUGCGGCCGCCCACAGCCCAGGUCGGCUACGCCGGCCCGACCCACUCUGCGCCCCCGCGGCUGGCGGCGCGGUCCCCGUGACGCUCAGAAGCCGCUAGAUGUAGAGCCGCCUCUUUGUCCCAGUGCCCUGACCAGCCGUGCCUGGCACAGAGCCCAGCACCUGCGGGUACAGCGAUGAGCAGGGCAGACGUGGCCAGGUGACGUUCCCAUCACCCCACAUCCUCAACUCUGACAACAGCUUCUGAGACCUGAAUUACAGACCAUCAUUUUAAUCGGACAAACCACAACUGAAACAAGCUUCUCUUUGGUGUCACGAUGGCCGCCCAAGGCAGAGGAACUUCAGGCCUCAUCCCCAGGGGUGCUGUUCUCCAGAGGCAGGAGGGACGCUUGACCGUGAAACAGGAGCCAGAGAGCCAGAGCUGGGGGCAGGGCUGCAGUCUCCAAAAGAAUCACCCUCCUGUCUGUGAAAUUUUCCGGCUGCACUUCAGGCAGUUAUGUUAUCACGAGAUGUCUGGGCCGCAGGAGGCACUGAGCCGGCUCCGGGAGCUCUGCCGCUGGUGGCUGAUGCCGGAGGUGCACACCAAGGAGCAGAUCCUGGAGCUGCUGGUCCUGGAGCAGUUCCUGAGCAUCCUGCCAGGGGAACUGCGGACCUGGGUGCAGCUGCAUCACCCUGAGAGUGGCGAGGAGGCUGUGGCUGUAGUGGAGGAUUUCCAGAGACACGUUAGUGGACCAGGAGAGGUUUCAGCUCUGGCACAGGAACAGGAAAUGCAUUCAGAGGAGAUGACAGCCUUGGGUGCAACAGAGGAAUCUCCUCCUACCUCACUCCUCAGUGAGGGUUCGGCACCCGCAGCCCACCUGGAGCCUCCUGGUGACCCUGGGGCACACCACCGCCUCCCCAGUGGGCACUCUGCUCGGCAUGCUUCCCCAGUGCCUGCCCUUCCCCAAGUGGGGAACGUAGGAGACCAAGCAGUGGCAACUGUGCUCCGGAUGGUCAGGCCCCAGGAGGCUGCAGAGUUCAAGUUCCUGUCUGUGGACUAUACUCAGAAGAAGUGGAAAGGUCCGGCACUCAGCCAGAAAGCAGCCCUGUACCGGAACAUCAUGCCAGAAAAUUGCUGCAGCCUGGCUUCAUUGGCAGGUGAGAACAGGAUGGAGAGUUCAGAGUUGCCUCCAAAGCAGGAAAUUUCUGAAGAAUCGGAGUCAUCUGAUAGGACCUCAGGAAUACUCUAUGGAGUGAUUCCUGGAGGACCAGAAGCUGGAGAUGCCUGUGAAGAGGCUUUAGAGAAGCUAGAAGUUCAACCCUCAGGUGAACAAAGGAGCAGACUGAAGAGUGAUUUCUUGGAAAUAACACAGGAGGAUAAAAAUAAAUGCACAAAAGAUGAAUGUGAUGAAUAUAAGGAACUUGAGGAACAUCCAGAUCUGUCCUCAAGUCCUGCAGAACAUCAGGGAAUUCUGAAGGGACAGAAAUUCUAUCACUGUGAUGAAUGUGGCAAAGCUUUUAAUCGGAGUUCUCACCUCAUUGGGCAUCAGAGAAUCCACACUGGAGAGAAACCCUAUGAGUGCAAUGAGUGUGGCAAGACCUUCAGGCAGACCUCUCAGCUCAUAGUCCAUCUCAGAAUCCACACAGGGGAAAAGCCCUAUGAAUGCAGUGAUUGUGGAAAGACCUAUCGCCACAGCUCCCAUCUCAUUCAACACCAGAGACUCCAUAAUGGGGAGAAAUCAUAUAAAUGUAACGAAUGUGCAAAAGCUUUCACUCAGAGUUCCCUACUCAUUGACCACCAGAGAACCCAUACUGGGGAGAAACCCUAUGAAUGCAAUGAGUGUGGGGAGGCCUUCAUUCGGAGUAAAAGCCUUGUCCAUCAUCAGGUACUUCACGGUGGUGAGAAACCUUACAAGUGUAAUGAGUGUGGGAAAGCUUUCUCUUCCAACAGAAAUCUUAUUGACCAUCAGAGAAUCCACACUGGGGAGAAGCCUUAUGAGUGUAAUGAAUGUGGCAAGGCCUUCAGUCGAAGUAAAUGUCUUAUUCGACAUCAGAGCCUCCACACUGGGGAAAAACCAUUCAAAUGCAGUGAGUGUGGGAAAGCCUUCAAUCAGAACUCUCAACUUGUUGACCAUGAGCGAAUUCAUACUGGAGAAAAACCUUUUGAAUGUAGUGAGUGUGGUAAGGCAUUCAGUCUGAGUAAAUGUCUCAUUCGACAUCAGAGACUUCACACUGGUGAAAAGCCCUAUAAAUGCAAAGAGUGUGGAAAAUCCUUCAAUCAAAACUCACAUCUUAUCAUACACCAGAGAAUUCACACUGGUGAGAAACCUUAUGAAUGUAAUGAAUGUGGGAAGGUCUUCAGUUACAGCUCCAGUCUUAUGGUACAUCAGAGAACUCAUACUGGGGAGAAACCCUAUAAGUGCAAAGAUUGUGAGAAGGCUUUUAGUGACAGCUCACAGCUCAUUGUGCAUCAGAGAGUUCACACUGGAGAGAAACCCUAUGAAUGUAUUGAGUGUGGGAAAGCCUUCAGUCAGCGUUCUACUUUCAAUCACCACCAGCGAACUCACACUGGAGAAAAACAGUAUGUGUGUACUGAGUGUGGGAAAGCCUUUAGUCAGAGUGCAAACCUCACAGUACAUGAACGAAUCCACACAGGAGAGAAACCCUAUAAGUGUAAGGAGUGUGGAAAAGCCUUCAGUCAUAGCUCCAACCUGGUUGUUCAUCGGAGGAUCCACACUGGACUGAAGCCUUACACGUGCAGCGAAUGUGGGAAAUCUUUCAGCGGUAAGUCACACCUCAUUCGGCACCAGGGAAUCCACAGUGGGGAGAAAACUUAUGAAUGUAAGGAGUGUGGGAAAGCCUUUAGUCGGAGUUCUGGUCUGAUUUCACAUCACAGAGUUCACACUGGUGAGAAGCCCUACACUUGUAUCGAGUGCGGGAAAGCCUUUAGCCGUAGUUCAAAUCUUACUCAACAUCAGAGAAUGCACAAAGGAAAAAAAGUUUACAAAUGUAAGGAGUGUGGGAAAACAUGUGUUUCUAAUACAAAGAUUAUGGACCAUCAGAGAAUUCACACUGGGGAGAAGCCUUAUGAAUGUGAUGAGUGUGGGAAAGCUUUCAUCUUAAAGAAGACCCUUAAUGAACAUCAGCGACUUCAUCGUAGAGAGAAACCUUACAAAUGUAAUGAGUGUGGGAAAGCUUUUACUUCUAAUCGAAAUCUUAUUGAUCAUCAGAGAGUGCACACUGGAGAGAAACCCUAUAAAUGCAACGAGUGUGGAAAAACCUUCAGGCAGACUUCUCAAGUUAUUCUACAUUUAAGAACCCACACAAAGGAGAAACCCUAUAAAUGUAGUGAGUGUGGGAAAGCCUAUCGUUAUAGCUCACAGCUUAUUCAACACCAGAGAAAACAUAAUGAGGAGAAAGAAACGUCAUAAAUGACAUAUAUUGUUGGAAGUGGGGCUAACUGCUACUUUCUGGAAAAGCAAUUUUUCAGUAUCAUCAACCUUAAUUCUCUAAGAAUUCAUACAGGGAAAGUAAUCAGAAGUAGACAAAGAUUAACAGAAGGGCUAUUCAUGCCAGCAUCAUAUAUAACCGGAGGAAGAAAACUAGAUUUUCAACCAUACAGGGUUUAAAUGAAUGAUGGUCUAGCCAUAUGAUGGUUUGGCACCCAUUGUAAACAUUUUUAAAGAAUAUUUAAUGCCAUGGGGGAAAUGAUUUUGAUGAAAUGGAAGAUAAAGAGAAAAACAAUGAAAUACGAUCCAAAUUUUUAAAAAACACUUAUGCAAAGGAAAGAAAUGGGAAUGAAAUAAUACCAAACCAAAAUGUUAACAGUGAUUAUCUCUGAAUAAUAGGAUUAUAGGUAAUUUCUAUUUUCUUCUCUAUACUUUUCUAUGCUUUUUAGAUUUUCUACAGUGAGAAUGUACUACUUUUAUAUUUUUCUACAGUGAGAAUGUACUACUUUUGUAUUUUUUAAAUACAACGAGUACAUGUUCAUUUUCACUCAACAGGGUUAUGAAAGGCACAUAGAACAUAGACCCUAAAGUCCUGGGAUUGCACCCUAAUACUGGCACUUAGUAGCAGGGGAACCCUGAGCACGUCACUUCCUUUUAGAGUCUGUUUCCUGUGUAUUACAUCAUAAAUACCAGUUGUUGGCUUUUGCAGUUUUGAGAUAAAUUGACUUUACAGUUGUCAACAGAAUAUAUAAUCCACUUUCUUAAUCACUGUUAGGUUAAAAGAAAACGGCAAAGCUUUGCUACAUUCUCCUCUCCCACAUUGUAGAAGGAUCCGCAGUUAAUAAAGAACCACCUAGGCUCCACCUUUUCAAUGUAUGUCUACAGAAAAAAAUGGCCCCUUAUGAAAUUGGAACAAUUGCAGUUUCAAAGCUUUUAAAGAGACACAGCAUAAUUCAAACAAGGAGAAGACUCUGCCUUCACAUAUUACAUGGAGUUUCGUAGCUGAACGUGCAGACUUUUGGGUCAGAGACAUAUGAGUUCUAAUUCCAGAUCUGCUGUGCCCUAGCUUGUCAGUUUUGGACAAGUCCCUCAAAUGCUCUGAGCCACAGAUUUAUCUGUAAAAUGGGAAUAACCACCUACCUCACAGGGUUGUUGUGAGGAUUAAAUGAGAUAAUGCAUGUAAAUGUGUGACAAGCCUUUCUUUUUGUCUAGCCCUCUGAGAAGGCCUUAAUCCGUUUACAACCAAUAUUUUAAACUUUUAAGACAGCUCAGAAUCCAUCUGGGAACCCUUAGAAUCUCCCCAUUCUUAACGCAGCCAUUCCUCUUUCUUUGUAUACAGUGAAUGCCCAAGCCUAACACCAUUUGUCUUAUGCACAUAGUGAUUUAUUGUUUCAGGGAUUACUGAGGAUUUGAUAUCCCAUCCAAUCCUCAUAACACUGGUACAAGAAAAUUGAGUCUCAGUGAGGUUAGGUGACUGGCUAGUAAGUGGUUGGAGCCAGAAUGUGAACUCAGAUCUGACUUUCAAGUCCAUGCUUUCUUUAUUAUACCAGAGUGCCUCUGUCCAUCAUGAUGGUUCUAUGCGAGGGGGAGACCAGUUGGGAUCCUCCUGAGUAGCCACUUCUGUGAAAGGUGGUUGACUAUAUCUGGACAGUUAUUUGAUCAUGGUUUCAUAAGGAAGAUGCUGUCAGUCUUCUCUGAGUUAGAUUUAUGGCCUGUCUCUGCACCUUGUAAUUUAGUUUUAAGGAUUAUAUAUUUCUUCCUUGCUGUUACUAGAAAG